GCAGGUUGAUGUGUUGACACCAUGGGUGAAGGAAGAUGGGGGGGAGUGCGGGCCUCCCUCACCUCCCUCCUCCUGCUCCUCCUCUUCCUCCUCCGCACUGCCGCUGUCUCCGCACAACGGCCAGAGGAAGGGCGCUUCUUCCGGUCGCUGUUCUCGCUGCCGGACCAGUGCGUGCACAAUGGGAUCCCGGCGACGUGCACCUUCGUCCUCUCCUGCCUUCUGCGCGGAGACACCCCUGUUAACAAGUGUGGCGGUGGUUUCAUCUACACCUGCUGCGUCCCCACCGUGGCAACAGUCAGGUCGGACGCUGUGAGGCACAUCGGCCUCUUCAACAGGGACCCUUCGGUGAUCAAUAGUCCAGGUUAGUAUGGCCUUUCUCUAAAGGUUACGGACUGAA